AUGGAGGUGGUUUCUCUCAUGCUAACCGAUAAAAACACCGCUUAUAUUCGUCACAAAAUAAGCCUACGAAUCACACCCGAAGAAAAACCGGUACAAAGUUUUAAUUCCGAUCCAUUACUAAACCCGUGCCGCCAGGUCAGUUCAGCCCUCUAUCGUUUUCCGGCCAGAAAAACGGCCGGAGAACUGACAGAUAAGCUCCGGGAGUCGAUCUCCGAUAUGCUGUCGUAUUUUCCGAUGGUCACAGGGCGGCUGCUGAGGACUUCCGACGGAGACUGGACUGUCAAAUGCAACGACGCUGGCUUAAGAAUGGUGGAAGCGAAAGUAAUGAAGGGAAGUGUCGAAAAAUGGCUGCGAAAUGUUGAUAGAAAAAAGGAACUGAAGCUUGUUCAUUGGGAGGAAAUGUUUUACAAACCCUAUUUCUGGUCUACUUUUUACGUUCAGAUAACCGAAUUCGAAGGCGGUGGGCUAGCGAUUGGUUUGAGCUGCACUCGUCUACUCAGUGAUCCCAUCUGUGCAACAAUGAUGAUCAAAGCAUGGGCAGAUACAACCCUAAUCGGCGAAAUUACAUCCCCGCCCCUAUUCCGUCUGUUGCCGGUACCAAACCGAAACACCAACCACCACUCUUCUUCUUUAAUCGACCGCCACAAAUCAUACUUAACCUCAUCUCCAGUUCCAAAAUCAGACAGCAACACAAAACAAAUCACAACCAUCACUCUUCAGUUCAAUCAAGAAACGGUUAAAAAAUUAUGCAUCGCCAUGGUGAACGAUGUGAACGGUCGCGGGCCGGGCCCCACGCCGUUCCAGGCCUUGGCCGGGCUUUUCUGGACAUGCAUCAGCAGAGCGAAGGGAAUGAAACGAGGUUUGGUUGACAUGUCGGUGUGUUUGGACAUGCGAAAAGCGUUGGGAUUGGACAAGGGCUUUUUCGGAAACUCCAAGCGUUGGGAUUGGACAAGGGCUUUUUCGGAAACUCCAUGGUGUACAAUAAGUGGAUGCGAUGAUGAUCAUUUGAUUUGUGUUGAUUUAGAGAAUGUGGAUUGUUAUUCUGCGGUUUUUGAGGAAAAUGUGGUGCCGAUUCGUGUUUCGUACUACAUGGACGGCCCGGGUGUGGGGGCCGGGCAGAUACUUGUCAUGCCGGCGCCAGGUGGCGGUGAUGGGCCAGAGAGUCGGGUGGUGGCGGUGACACUUCCGGAAGAUGAAGCCGAGAAGGUUCUCGAAGAUUCUUUGAUCCGGCAACUUGGUCCGAUUACUUUGAUGGGGUUGAACAAAAACCCUAAUUAA